CUUCCCAAGUUCCCCAGAGCUAUAUAAAUCUACGUACUCAGUCGCUCAAAUAAAGCCAAUCAUCUCCCUUUCUCUCUUUGUUUCUUAGCUCUUGAAACAGAGAAUCAAGAUGGUGGUGGCCCUAACAUCCGUUCCGUCGCCGUCGCCGUCGCCGUCGUCGGAGUUCGAGAAGAAGUUGGAGAGGAGCAAGAGGAAGUUGGAGAGAGGAUACGCGGCGCAUCAGGAGUCAAAGAAGCGGGCAAAGUUCAUCGACUUUCAAGUGGCACCCAUCAAGAGGAAGUACAAGGAGGAGGAGUUCCUUCUCCCAGCUGGACCCACCACCACCAUGAAGCCACUAGAAGCAGCUGGGACCCACGGUCGAGAAGACAUAACAGAGGCUGGGACGACAGCGCCGGUGCCGGAGGCUGCUCAGGCGAAAGCACCCUCGUCCUCGCCGGUCAAGAAACGGGAGCCGCCGCGGUGGUGGAUCCGUCUGAAGAAGGAGCGAGACGAGGCCCGCAUCCGCAGCUUGAUACAUUCGGAGAUUCGGGAGCAGCAACAACGACGGCGACGUCAGUACCAGCUAUAGUGGAUGAGUUCCUUCCUAUUUCAGAUUUCCUAAUUAGGUGUUGUGUAACCAGUUCGAGUAGAUAUUGUUCUCUUCUCUCCCCAAUAUUAGAAAGGAUCUCGGGAGUCGGGACGAGAAAUGAUAGUUUUCUUAUUCAGCCAUUUCCAAUCCUCGCCUUCAACUUGGUUUUCAUUAGAGGAUGGCUAAUAGUGGUAUGUAAAUUGCAAGUUUGGACGGGAGAUUAUUAAAAUAUUUCAUCUUUA